GGGCGGGACAGUGGGAGCCCUUGCAUCUGCUCUUUUCUGCCAUGAAAUAAAGGUCCAGGCCGGGGUCGACCUCGCGUUGUAGCCCGGCCCCGGAUCAUUGAUCAGCGAUCGACGAGGAACGGAAGGGCUGACAUAUGGUCUUCGUCCCAGAUAUUUUAUUGUUUCCAGCACAGGGUUGGCUUUUUCUUCAAAGUUUCCUCCCGUUUCGAGCUCCGUUCUCGCGCUCCAUGGCUCAAUGUGUCGAGCUCUCGUUUAUCUCGACACUAUUCGGGGCAUAUGUUAAAUCUUUAAAAGAUAUUUGCCCCAAAAUAUUCCACCGUGAAGAAGCCUGUCAUGCCGAAGAAACUUCGAUUCUUCAACAGCAGACAUCAUACAAUCCCGGAGCGGAAAGCCGACAUGAUGGGCCGUGAGCCUGGUACACAUGCAGUACUACAGAUGCAUGGAUCCUCGGACAGUGAACUUCCCAGUGAAACUUCGCCCUCAUGAUCCGGGACCAAUGAUAUUUUGCGAACUGGCUCGGAGAUUUGCCUCGAAAAUUGGUAGCAGUUUGGUAGGUUGAGCCUGGUAGCUGACUGCAUCCAAAAGGGAUCAAUGGUCUCCUGAUUUUUCUAGAGCGAUGGGCCCGACGGGUCCGGGUUCUGAACGUAGGACAAAGGCCCUCCAGGAACGAUUCUUAAGAAUCAUGCCUGGACCCUAUGGUACGUGGUUCGCUGCAGCCACAGUUGUCCCAGAGCUUGCAACAUCUGGCCGAUUCGGUGGCUUUUCAGUUUGGUUGUAGAAAACGGCCGAGCACUAGAAUACUCAACCUGGGGAAAAGUGAACAUUGCAGAAAAGUACGACGCCAGAGACGAAGACAUCCUCCUCAAGGAAAAGGCUCAGACAUUUCACAGAGACACUCUGUAGAUCACGCUGGGCCGUUUUACUAUCGAGAUUGACUCAACAGUGUGAAAUCACUGAACCAUCAAAAGUUGCGUCUACUUUAUUCAGAACGCUGCUGCAUUCGCGUGCAACGAUCAUUAAAUGGCCAUGGCUUGAGAACUGUGCUCUAAAUUUGACUAUUAGAUAAAAAUAUUUAUAUCACUGCAAAUACAAAGCGGUUCAAUCUACCUUCCUGGCGCAUUGUCGCAUUCCAUUGACGAUCCACCGGCAAAGGAGAAACGAAACCUUCCAUUGCGAACUUUUCAGAGAAAUGAUAAUAAACUGCGGUCACUGGCAAUUCAC